AGCCGGAAGAAACCGGACCCUGGACAGAAUCGGGGAUAGCCAGCCCCUCCCCCGGCCCCUACGGAAAGGGGCUAGUCUGGGGAGCGAGAAGUAACUGCUACCAUUUAUUUAUUGAACGGUUGCCAUGUGCCAGACCCUGUGCUAGGUAUCUUGCUUCGAUGAUUUCCCGUCACCGUCAAAACAACCUUAUGAGUGUCGACCCAGUCAGCAGCCAGGCCAUGGAGCUCUCUGAUGUCACCCUCAUUGAGGGUGUGGGUAAUGAGGUGACUGUGGUGGCAGGUGUGGUGGUGCUGAUUCUAGCCUUGGUCCUAGCUUGGCUCUCUACCUACGUAGCGGACAGCGGUAGCAACCAGCUCCUGGGCACCAUUGUGUCAGCUGGCGACACAUCCGUCCUCCACCUGGGACACGUGGACCAUCUAGUAGCGGGCCAAGGCACCCCAGAGCCCACUGAACUUCCCCAUCCAUCAGAGGGUAAUGACGAGAAGGCUGAAGAGGCUGGCGAAGGUGGGGGAGACCCCACAGGGGAGCCCGGAGCCGGGGGUGGCGUUGAGCCGAGCCUUGAGCAUCUGCUUGACAUCCAAGGCCUGACCAAAAGACAAGCGGGCCCAGAAAGCAGCAGUCCAGAGGCCCCCCUGAGACCUGAGGAUGGCAGCUGCCUCCCCCCCAGCCCUGGCCUCAUCAAUGUGCGGCUCAAAUUCCUCAAUGACACCGAGGAGCUGGCUGUGGCCAGGCCGGAGGAUACUGUGGGUGCCCUGAAGAGUAAAUACUUCCCUGGACAAGAGAGCCAGAUGAAACUGAUCUACCAGGGCCGUCUGCUGCAGGACCCAGCCCGCACACUGCGUUCUCUGAACAUUACCGACAACUGUGUGAUUCACUGCCACCGCUCCCCCCCAGGGUCAGCUGUUCCAGGCCCCUCAGCAUCCUUGGCCCCCUCUUCGGCCACUGAACCCCCCAGCCUUGGCGUCAGUGUGGGCAGCCUCAUGGUGCCCGUGUUUGUGGUGCUGUUGGGUGUGGUCUGGUACUUCCGUAUCAAUUACCGCCAGUUCUUCACAGCACCUGCCACCGUCUCCCUGGUGGGGGUCACCGUCUUUUUCAGCUUCCUAGUAUUUGGGAUGUACGGACGAUAAGGAUAUAGGGAGAAAAUGAAAGGCAUGGUCUUCCUUCUUUAUGGCCUCCCCCCUUUCCUGGCCAGAGCUGGGCCCAAGGGCUUGGGAGGGA